CUCCCCAAACUACCCUAAAAGGAAACCCAAUUUCUCUUAGUCAGUCCUCAACCAAACGCAACCAUAAGGUUCCUACCGCAUCCACCUCCUUCCCCCUCCUUUCGUUCAAAUAUAUCCCAUUUUUUUAGUUUGGUUUGGUCCCGUAAAUUUUCAAAUAUUUAUUUCCUAUAUAUCAAGAGGAAAGGGGGUCCCCCUUUCAUGGAAUGCGGAAAUAUGGGUCUGUUUGACCGCGGAGUUCAGAUGCUAUUGACCACGGUCGGCGCAUUUGCCGCCUUCAGUCUCAUGACCAUCGCGGUUGGCACGGACUACUGGCUGUACUCGCGCGGCACGUGCAAGUCAAAGUCGGUCAGCGAUAACGAGACCAGCAAGAAGAACGAAGAGGUGAUGACCCAUUCGGGAUUGUGGAGGACGUGUUGCUUAGAAGGGAACUUUAAAGGGAUGUGUAAACAGAUAGAUCACUUUCCUGAGGACACGGACUAUGAAGCGGACCCCUCUGAGUACUUCUUACGUGCGGUGCGAGCUUCCAGCAUCUUCCCCAUCCUUAGUGUCAUCCUGCUCUUCAUGGGAGGCCUGUGUAUAGCUGCCAGCGAGUUCUACAAGUCACGCCACAACAUCAUCCUCAGCGCAGGGAUCUUCUUUGUGUCUGCAGGCCUGAGCAACAUCAUCGGGAUCAUCGUGUACAUAUCAGCCAACGCAGGGGACCCCUCUAAGAGCGACUCGAAGAAGAACAGCUACUCCUACGGCUGGUCCUUCUACUUCGGAGCCCUGUCCUUCAUAAUGGCCGAGAUGGUGGGUGUCCUGGCAGCCCACAUGUUCAUCGACCGCCAUCGGCAGCUCCGGGCAGGGGCCAGGGCUGCCGACUACCUCCAGGCCUCGGCCAUCACACGCAUCCCAUCCUACCGUUACCGCUACCGACGCCGCUCGCGCUCCUCCUCCCGGUCCACAGACCCCUCACACUCCCGCGACACCUCGCCAGUGGGCCUCAAGGGCUUCAGCGCGCUACCCUCUACAGAGAUCUCCAUGUACACGCUGCCCCGGGACACCCUGAAGGCCGGGGGCACGCCGACCGCCACCUACAACUCGGAGAGGGACCAUACCUUCCUGCAGGUCCACAACUGUAUUCAGAAGGAAAAAGACUCGGCCAACACCAACACAGCCAACCGCCGCACCACACCAGUAUGAGGGAGCCCUGAGAGCAGAGCCCGGGGGAGCGAAGGCAGGGAGGCCCCCACCCAGGUCUCUAAUAUACCAUAGGCCAGGAUGAGUUUCCAUCUUUAUAGAGAUUGAUGAUUUUAUUUCAUUCAACUGCAUGAUUUUCCCAUCUACCAUUGUUGAGAGAGUCUAAAGGGGUUUGUUGGGUUCCUUUGGAGUAAAUGGUUGUACUGGGAGAAUGGGGCAGAUUGUCCUUAGAGACUGAGUCAUUUUAAUUGGUGGGGAUGGGUGAUGAGGGUGGAGCACUUAAAGGGAGGGUUUUGAUUUAAAUUCGAUUCAUGAUUUCAUAACCUUUUGGUUUUGACAGUUUGGCUCCACAGUUUUGGUGGUGCAACAUGCUGCUGUACUUUCCCAUCAUACCACCUGCCAUAUGCCUCUGAUUUGUUGUCAUAUUUAUUCAUUUAUUUAUUUUCUGUAUUAAAACUGUGAAUUUUUGCAGCUUGGGGUUCAGUAAGAAUUAGCCCAGUCUGUAAACUCUAACAAAGGUACUAUAUGUGUAUUACAUUUAUAAAUAAAUGAUUAAGUUAAUAAUCAAGAGAUACAGACUUUACUGAAGCAAAAAAACUAACAAGUAAACUAAACUAAGUGCUGUUGGUAACACGAGAAAAGACUCUUGUAGGAUCUGCUGGAAGGAUGACAGAGCCAGAGAGAAGGUGCUGUAGGUCACUACACUACGGAGCUGCUGAGACAUGGCGGGGGACAGACGCACACAGUCAACAGUAGAAAAAUAGAGAUUAUUUUAAUAGAACCUUCUCGCCUUUUUCUGAGUCCCUGUUCGCUUUCUUUUUGGGUUGGGGGGUCGUCAUGGGAGUGUUGAACCCCUCAAGAGAAGCCACCAACAACAACAAGAGGGGUCAAAGUUCAAACCAAGAAAAAAAAGACUCCAAACACGACUUCUCGAAGAAAAAGGAAGGAGGAGAGGGGGAGGAAAAGAAGAGGACGCCAAAUACAAAAAUAAAUACUUGCGUAAAAAGGCAAGAAACAAGAUAAAUAUGAAAUAGUACAAGAGAAGCUAAGUGAAUCAAAUUUUCUGAAAUGAAAUGCAUGCUAUAAAAUUACAGCAAAUCUGCUCUGGAAAAACUUAAGUUUUAAAGGAUAAUGAUAAUUAGAAGGGGAAAAAGUGAUGACGUUAAUGUUGAAACUAGUAGUUUCAUGAGUAUUUUCUCUCUUCUGUUUUUUUAUUUACUUCAUUUUAUCUUAUGCUUUUGUGAAAGAAACCAAACAAUCGACAUUGAACAAAAACACAUUUUUUUAAAUGGUUUGGUUUAAUUCUUUAUAUAAAUAUAUAUAUGUAUGUAUUUUAUUUUUCAAAUUCACACAGCCUUAGUCAUUUCUUUGUUUCUUUUGAUUGUCAAUGUGUUGUUCAAAUUGAAAAUGAAAUCUUUAAAGGUGCCAAAACCGAAUGAUCCUUUACUUGGAUGCAUCAAGUCCUGAUGAAUAAAAUACCAAUCCUAGGGAG